AUGGCCGCUCAUUUAUAUCGUAGGUUUUUAAGAUUAUGUGAAAUUUGGGGAUUGGAUUCCACUAAAAAAGGUAGAGAUUUAGGACAACACAUAAGAGAAAGAGUAACGCAGACAUUCGUACACGGAGAGGUAACAAAAGUGAAUAAUUUGGAAGAGUGUGUAGAGUUUCAUGAAAGUUUGCUUCGGUUAGCCAAUAACUAUUAUGGGAAACACUAUCAGCGGCACGACAUAUCGUCUGCUUCUGGUUUGACCGCUGAGGAGUGUCGAAUGAUCGUAUCUACGGACUCAAUGAAACAACUUGCUCAUAUAGAGGAGGCUGGAAUGAUAGACAGAUUUAAAACAUAUUUUUCAAGUCCAGUUACUGAGCAAAAAUAA